GCAUAGUACCAGACAUAUGUCAGGAUUUGAUCAUCUUGUAAUUCUACGAAUGGCCUGAUGGGGGCAGCUCUAGGCUUUGGAUUCGUUAGACUACCGGAAAUCCAACAGAAGAAGAAAGAGCUGCUGGAGUAAUAUGGCGCCCGGCACCUACUAAACGUUGUUGCCCCGCUCUUUUUACUCGGAAGUUGAUUUAUCAUACAGCAAAAAGUCACCGUCAGUGUUUCUUUGCGUGUCCAGUCUUUCUCUCCAGAAAAAAACCGCUUUUAGCUCGUUUUUUAUUUUAACUUUGUCUCAAACGACACCGUCGCCUAUAGCACGGAAAUGUCCGAAGUGGAAGUAAUAAAGCUGCUGGUGAAUCAGCGGCUGACUGCAGUGGCUGAAGAGAUAGUGGGACUGUUUGAGAAAACCUUUGCAGAGUACCGAGACAAUGUGGCUCGCUUGGUGGAGGAAACAGAGCGACAGCGCAGGCUGCUGGAAUCCGUAAAAACCCCGGGAGCUCCCUCACCACACACAGAAUCCUUGGUCGAGGAAACAGAGCGACAGCACAGGCUGCUGGAAUCUGUAAAAACCCCGGGAGCUCCCUCACCACACACAGAAUCCCAGCCGGCGUUGGAAAUAGACACAGCACCGAAACAACAAACUUUGGGAGUGAGCUUGAACCAUGAGCACAUAGGUGCUCGCUACAUCAAAGAGGAACAGGAAGAAAUGUGGAGUAGCCAUGAGGGAGAGCAACUUCAAGGAGUGGAGACGUUCUCUUUUGGCUUUAUCCCUUUAAAGACUGAGAGCCGAGAGGAGCCGGAGGUCAGCUCUCCAUACCUUGUGAAAUUGUUACGUGGAGACUAUCAGUCGCAGCAGAAGUGUAAUGAAGAGGUUCCGUCUCAGGAGCACAAGUGGAGACCUGCUCUGAAAGAGGAGCCUGAAUGCUCACAAACUGAAGUUGAACAGGAGGAACUCAGGAGAAGCCAGAGAGAGACACGUAUAGGACUGGGAGAGAAUUCAGUCACAGAGUUGCCAUUCAUUGCUGUAAAGAGGGAGGCUGAUGAAGAGGAAGCUUUGUCAGCUCAGCUUCACAACAACGCAGAGUCUUCAGACUGCCAGUCCACUGAACAUAUGCAAGUAGAGAGUGAUGGUGACGACAGUGGAGGAGCAGAACCACUGACCGAAGCAGCUAGUGACAAGACUUCCGACUCUUCAGACAGUGAGACUGAAGACAGCGAUGAUGACUGGAAAAGAAUAAAUACAAAGCAGUCCCAUUUUAAAGUAAUGAUAGGUAAUAGAGUUGCUAACUCACAACCUGUCCAGACAUUAGAUCCAAAUCCAGUUAGUGAUGAGAAGACUUCUGAUUCAUCUGAAACUGAGACUGAGGACAGUGAUAAUGAUUUGAUGGAUAGCGAUAAAUCUAAGAAAGGUUCAACUAGUGUUACAUUUAAACAUGCUCUUGUUGCAAGUUCUUCAAAAAUGCAUACUGAGAAGAAAUCUAACUGUAGGCAGCAACUGAAUAAUCACACAGGUACACAAACAGCACAGAUUUCUAUCCAGGGUUCACAACUUGUUCUUCACAAAGCAAACUCAGGUAUGAGAACCAGUUCUACAGAACGACUUUUAAGCAACUCCAAGAAACGUGAAGAAAGUGCAUCUCCGAAGGCACAGAACACCAAGGACAAAUGCUUCACAUGUUCAAGUUGUAAUAAAAGUUUCCAAAGGAAAACACACCUGAUUCAACAUAUGAAAAUGCAUAAAGAGAAUCCUAACAUUAGUGGUGUAAACAAGCCAGUGUAGUAUCCAGGAAUGGCUUGUUUCAUUUUGUCCUUUUGUUAUCCAGGAACACUGUUAACCUUUUUCUUACUGUUAAGUGAAUGGCAUUCCAGCUAAUGAUAACCAACUAUCUACAGAAUUUUCAGAAAUAAAAUAUUUUUUUAUUUUUGUUUUUUUAAUGGACCCAAAGGUCAAUAAAAUGUAAAAAAUGUUACAAAGACAAAUGCAAAGCUACUGGUACUUUUUUUGUAAUCGCUGAGGCUGCAAAACCUGCCCAUUCAAUUGCUCAUUAGGAAGUUCACUCUGUUCUUAAGCUCGUCUGCACAGAGGACCAAUGAGCUUAUUCCAUGUUUUGUUCUUUUUUUUCUUUUUUUUUUGUACAUCUUCUGUCUAAAUUAAAUGUGUCAAAAGUUUGUGAGUAGUUCAAAUAGAAUAGACACCAGUCAUUUUACUAGGUACUGCUGUUCAACUGCUUCCUAACAUAAAUGUUAGCCACUGCUUUCUUUACAUUCUUUUAAUGCUUGUUUGUUGAAAAUGCUUUCUGGACUAGGGCACCGCUGAAGUUCAAAUUGAGAAUCAGAGUCGGGGGGGGGACUUUUCCAGGCAAAAAUGCCUGUGACGUCAGAGAACAAUGGCCAGUUUUAAUUUGACUGGAAAGUAACAGAAAAUCAAACACUUCGAAUAAAGGUAUGGAGAAGAGCAUAUCUGGAUGCACUACACAUCCAACCUUGAAGCAGAUGGGCUACAGCUGCAAAAGACCACAACACGUACCACUCCUAUCAACCAGAAACGAGAAACCGUGGCUACAGGAUUUAAAAAAGCGGACAAUAAAAGUUUGGAAAACAUUGCCUGGUCUGAUGAAUCUCAAUAUCUGCAAGGUGUAUGUAAUAAAGCGUCAAGAGUAUUUGCCCAUUAGAUAGAUGGUAGCUCUUUUACAGGAUGGUAUCACUUUGCUGAAAUGGUUUGGGUCCACUUGUCAUUUGACACAUUUAACAUUACUAUAGUUUUGUACUGACCUUUUUAUUUUGUAGUGAUAAUCUUUAUCCUAUGCGAAAACAUUAUUCUCCAGA